CGAGAGCUUGGCGGGGGCAGGAGCGGAGCGGAGGCUGACCCCAUGGGGCCUGAGCUGGCGGCAGCGGGAGGCUGAUGGAGGGGAAAGGGGCGCAGGGCCAGGCGGCGGCGAAGCCGAGUCCCGGGCAGGAGGACAGGAUGCGGGGCCCCGGGCAGCAGAGCUGCAGCCGGCAGCAGGAGGAGGAGGAGGUGGCGGCGGGGGAGGGGCUGUGUGUCCGGCUGGCCGAUGGCGAGGAGGAGGAGGCGGCGGCGGGGGCCAAGUGCGGCCCCGGGGCCCGGGCGCUGCUCGACCUGGACACCUUCAGGUUCCUGCUGGACGCGGACGGGCGGCUGGUGGGAGAGUCUCAGUUCAGGAAACUCAUCUUCAGAGGAGGUGGUGUGGAUCCCAGUAUACGGAAAGAUGCAUGGAAAUUUUUGUUCGGGAUGUAUCCCUGCACCUCCACAGCACGAGAACGCAAAGCGCUGGCGCUGGAGCUAUUUGUCCGGUACAAGAUGAUGAAGUGCAGAUGGCAAUCCCUUAUGCCAAGUGGUACAAGAAUGAGAGUGGACGAGUCAGACACAGAACUUUAUGAAGCUGCCCUCGCUUAUCAACAAACUGGAAACAGCUGUAAUCUUAAAGGGCCAGAUGUGGAUCUAUCUGAUGAAAGGAAUGAGCAGAUGACCUUUAUAGAACUGCAGGCAAAGGUUUACGUGGAUCGUCACCAAAUCAAUGUGCAUGACCUGCAUGAAGCGAUUAGGAUCAUAGACAAAGAUGUGCCAAGAACAGAACGGGUCCUAGAUUAUUACCAAAAUGAAGGUGUGACCAACCUAAUGGUGUUAAGAGACAUCCUUAUCACUUUUGCUGCAUUUCAUCCAGAUGUUGGUUACGCUCAAGGAAUGAAUGACCUUGUCAGUCGUUUUUUGGAAGUUUUAGACUCUGAAGUUGAUGCUUAUUGGUGCUGUACCUUCUAUUUUGAGAAAAUUUCUAAUGACUUCAAAGAAGAAGGACUGAUCAGGAAAAUUAGGCUGGAGGAGCAACUGCUGAAAGAGCUGGACACAGAGCUUCACACCCAUCUCCUGCAGGACAAUAUGAAUGGUCUGACCUUCUGUCACAGAUGGUUGCUCCUGGGAUUUCAGAGGGAGUUUGAGCACAGCGAGGCAAUCCGCCUGUUUGAGAUCCUCAGCAGCCAUCAUCUCGAGUUAAAUUCACUGGAGGCAGAAAGGGCACGUGAUUCAGAAAGAAUGUCUCAUAUUCAAAAAGAGGAAGGCAAGAUUAGGCCUGAAUUACCCUCUGCUAAUACUGACUACACCUUUGAACUGUUCAUCUGUGCUGCAAUCCUGCUGGAGAAAAGACAGGCACUGCUGAACUGCAUGGAUGAAGUGGAACUCAUCCAAUAUACCAACAGUUUACAGGGAAAACUGGAUUUAAACAGUGUUCUUCAAAGAGCAGAGGAAGUGUUCUUCAGUUACUGCAACAAGUCCGUGUUAGACUGUUUCAAGAAAAGCAGCAUGGAACAGAAAAAAAGGGGCUUAUUUAGUUUUAAGUUGAUGAAUCUGUUUUCCUGACAGAACUAUAGCAAUCGCAGUUCAACUCAGAUCAAGCCAGCGAGAAUAUAUUUAUCAUAAAUAUCUGAGGGGCUUGAGCAAAUCACAUAAUUCACACACGAACCCCCAAACUGCAGCAUUUCUUUGAUGUUUACAUUGUAUUUUUGAGUCCAAUCGGUUGUUGACUGAUUGCAAAUAGUACUUUCCACUUCUAGAGCACAUUAAGCUUUUUAUUAUUCAAGCAAAGUCUGAAUUUAAAAGCAUUCUUCAAUUACAAAAUAGCUCUUUGCAACAUACCUUCUCAAAUAUCAAAUAUUGAACAAUAAAAGUAUUUGAGUCCAUCAGAUCUAUUUAUAUGCAAAGUACCAGAUUUUAUCGAACAUUGUCAUAGGCAUUAUGUGUAGAUAGAUCUGGAUAGAAAUUACGUAUUUUUUGGUUUAUCUUAUAAAUUAAUUCAGUGGAAGUUAGUUAGCUGCUCUGUUAUGUGGAGAAGUCUCUUUUUUUAAAAAAAGAUUAAAUGUUAACUGUAAUUUUUAUACAUCUUCAAAUAUUUACAUCCUGGUGCUGGCCAUUUAAUAACUCAGUGUCAUUUUCAUACCAAAUGUGAUUAUUUUCAGCAAGACAGCUUUGCAAAAAACAGAAUGUUUAUGCAUGGGUUAUUUAAAUGGUCCUUUUAACCUAUUUUAAAGUGGAGUAUUUUGAGAGCAACAGAAAGGCGUCACAGUUUAUUAAAGGACUUGUUAUAUAUACAAAUUACUUUAAGUACUACUUUAGAACAAAAUACCCAUGAAAGUCCUCUUUGUACUACAGUGACACCGAAUCAGUAUUAAAAGCUCAUUAGAAAUCAAGCUGGAAGCAAAUCACACUGGAGACCCAUUACCUGGCAGAAGCAACUUGAGAAAAGUGAUCUGUGUCCCUGCAGAUGAUUCAACGCAAGUUUGAUUUCAAACCCAUAACCUUUAAAACUUGCACCACCCUCAACCGUCUUGUUGUUAUCAAAAUACUGGUCAUGCAACUAACCAGGUCUUUCAUAACAUUCAAGAGUUACCUAGAGUUCAGCGCCAUUUAGCAGAGCUUUUCUCAGUUCCCACUGAGAGCAAUUUAGGAACAGGAAAUAUAAGUGCUGUUUGCUUUUCAAAUACCUUUCAGCAGUAUAAAUGAGGCGUUAAAAUGUUUAAUUGCAAACACAACCUCCACUGGUGAUCUAAUGUUUUUUGAGUCGAUUCUAACGUGCUACCUUCUGCACACUGAGACAUUUCACAAUGGAUUGCACAAUUCCAGGAAACUUACACGAGAAUAAAGUAAAUCUGGUUAGAAAGUAGCAUUCACUGCUGAUCUGAAGUAUCUGUAGAGACCCUGCCCACAACCAUAAAAUGGAAAACAGGCUUUAACAUUUGUCUGUUUCAUCUGCUCGCCCAGAUUGGUAACUUAAGACUGCCAGAGGUUUUUUUGCAUUGAUUUUUAGCAAAAACUCUUUAAAAUCCAAUUCGGUUUGUUGUGGUUUCAACUACUCAAUAGGCUGAGGAGAAGAACACAGUGAUCUUUCCAAUUCUCAUUCCAAGAUUUUUCUAAAACCACUUUUAACAAAUAUCCCAAGGGGACGGAUAGCAUCACAAGUCCAAUUGUUCCUGAUCAAGCCUUUUUCUUGCAGCAUCUCCUCCCUCAUUUUGUCUUUUGAGCGUGAGACUACACUGCCAGAGAUUCUAAUUUCUCAUUGUUGCAUAAGUUUAAUUUUUUGACUGAUCAACAAAAGGAGUUUUUUU